GUUUCAAGUAUAGAAGUCAGUGCUGUCUGAACCGCUUGCAUAUCGUACAACUACUCUCAUGACUGCCAUCUACAAUUGACUCUCUUUCUCAAUGGCAAGGCAAGGACAAAAUUUAGAACUGCAGGAUUGAUGAGGAAGACGAUGAGAUGGUUGACAAUGAUCAGGACGUUCAGAGACUUGUAAUUGUCACCCAGAAUAGCAGGACAAGUCAAGAAACUAAAGGUCGUGGUAAAGAGUCCAAAUCCAUUUCCAAUGAGCUAGCUUCUGCAAUAAAUGAUGGUCUUUACUUCUAUGAGCAGGAACUGAAAACUAAGCGAUCUAGUCGUAGAAAGAAUAGCUCUAGUUUUGAGAAUAAAGAUGGAAACUCAAAAUUUCCAAGCAGUGCUUUCGGAGUCUCCAACCCAAAGGCUAGUGAUAAUUUUGCUGGAAGUGUUGUCCUUGAGGAGUCUGGAAAUGCUAAUUCUAGAAGGAAGCAACAUAAAGGCCUUCCCAGGCAGCUGUCCUCCCAUAAACAACGAUUUUUCUCCAGUAACUUCAGAAAUCAUGGAACUUCCCGAAACUCUAAUGGAAUCAUAUCGGAAAGUCCACCUAGUAAUUCGGUUGGAUUUUUCUUUAGUUCUACACCUCCUGAAAAUUAUGGCCCUAGGACUUCAAAGUUGAGUGGUUCACCACAUGGGAUUCUAUCUGGGAGUCCACCAGUGGGUUCCAUGCCAAAGUCAUUUCCACCAUUUCAGCAUCCAAGCCAUCAGCUUCUAGAAGAAAAUGGGUUUAAACAACAGAAGUACCUGAAGUUCUAUAAGCGGUGCCUGAGUGACAGAAAGAAGUUGGGAAUUGGUUGCAGUGAGGAAAUGAAUACACUUUACCGGUUUUGGUCAUAUUCUCUUAGAGACUUGUUUGUCCCUUCUAUGUAUAAUGAGUUCAGAAAAUUUGCACUGGAAGAUGCUGCUGCUAAUUAUUACUAUGGAAUGGAGUGCCUUUUCAGGUUCUACAGUUAUGGUUUGGAGAAGGAGUUUAGAGAGGACCUGUAUCAGGACUUUGAACAGCUUACGCUUGACUUCUACCACAAUGGCAAUCUUUAUGGCCUCGAAAAAUAUUGGGCAUUCCAUCAUUACGGCGGGCAACGUGACCAGAAAGAGCCCCUAAAGAGACAUCCAGAAUUGGAUAGGUUACUCAGGGAAGAAUAUUGUAGCUUGGGGGACUUUCGUGCUAAAGAGAAGGCCAAUGCUGUGAAAGAAGAGAGUCAUUAGCUAGCACUUGCACCAAUCAUAUGCCUUAGUGGCAUUGAAGCAUCACUGUCCCAGUUUUGGAAUAGAAUUCUUUCAACUUGACAAGGGAGUUGGAGUUAGCAGCCUAUUUUUGGUUUGGAAAUGAAGAAAAGAUGGUUGUCAUAUAUUGUAUGUUUGAUUGAGGCCGCUGACUGCAGAGUUUUUCUUUUGUGUAAGGUUUUUUUUUUGGCUCCUGGGUAUACAUGCAUUUUUGGGGUUGUAUGCAUGCUUGGAGAGGUGCCUGUGCUUUCUCUACACAAAUCUCUUCUCUGGAUUGUAACUUGUACAGAAACAGAAAAGGAAAAAAACUGAAAAAAAGAAGGCUGUAGUUUAGACAUUUGUCAAAAUUGAAGAAUAAGAUAUUUGAGAAUUUAAUUUAUAAUCCUUUUCUUUU